ACCGCAGCAUCCUCUUCGCUGGAGGCGGAAGUGCCGUGUGGGGAGGUUGUGAGUGUUUCCGGUGUGGAAGGUCAGCGGUCUACACGCUUUGUGCUGCAGUCUGAACGAUGGCAGAACAACUACAAGAAAAGUUACAGGCUGAGGUCACAAAAUACCAGCAGCUACAAAAAGAUAUCAGUAGCAGUAUGGCAACCAGGCAGAAGCUGGAAGCACAACUUACUGAGAACAAUAUUGUGAAUGAGGAGCUGGCUCUGUUGGAUGACAGUAAUACCAUCUAUAAACUUAUUGGACCAGUAUUGGUUAAGCAGGAUCGGGAAGAAGCAAAAUCCACUGUGACUAAGAGACUGCAGUAUAUAAAUGGAGAGAUAAAGAGACACGAGACUCUAAUGAAGGACAUGGAGCAGCGCUCAGAGCAGCACAGAGCUACUCUUACUAAGCUUCAGCAGGAAUACCAACGAGCGCAAGGCAAGGCCCCUGUAAAAGCUUGAGGAACCACAAUUAACCAAGCCCCACUUUCUGUCAGACCUAUUGUGUCCUGGAGGAGACAGGCCUUGCUAUUAAACUUUAAUUAUCUUCAUCAAGGAGCACUGGACCUGUCCUUUAUAAAACCAACUGGGAGCCAUUUUGCCCCAUUGUCAGGGCAGAGACUGGGUGCAGUUAUUGUAGAUAAAUGUACCAGAAUGGAAAAACCCAAUAAAAUGGCCACUCCAGCUUUGUGUCUACA